AUGGAAGACACUCAAGGGUUCCGCUUCCUCGAUCUACCCAAGGAAAUUCGCCUGGAAAUAUACGACCUUUUCCCUGCCGAGACCCGUCGCUACACGGUGCAAAAACCAAAUAGGCCAUCCAUCACACCCUUCACCCUAGUCUUGGAACGCAUCCCUUGUAUGGCACUACUCACUACCUGUCGCCAAACAUUCCACGAAGUCUCUGCCAUGCUAGGGUCAAGAUUAGAUGGCCAACCACUUCGUAUCUUCGCCGAUGCGGGAGACUUGUGCCACACGGUCCUCAACGUUAUAUCGCGUUAUGCUUCACCUGACUUCCAAGACGAGCCCUGGGCAAUACGCAUUAAACGCUAUAGUGCUAGUCGCCAAAGUGGCCCCGACAAUCAGGAUGUGCCCGAAGUCCCGCCUCAGGCUCUACAUCACAGUAUGACGGCAACUGGCUCGAGGCUAGAAGUCGAGAUAGUUCUUGAGCUUGGCGAUGUACCUGGACAGACUCCCCGAAACUUGCGGCUCAUGAGAGAUUAUAUACGCAUAUUCUACGAGUGCGUUGUGGACAUCGGAUGGUCGUACGGUUUUGCCUACGACCCCGUCAAUAUCACAAUCCGGCCCAAGCUGACAGCAGACAUGAGUGAGAAAACAAUCAGCGAUGAGUAUCGAUUCCACUUCGAGCAAUACCAAAAGAAGUUUGGGCUUGGUAAGAGGUGGACUUGUCAGUUCGGUAAGGGCAUGACCGAGAGGGAGUGGCAACGCAACUGGGAGGAAGGCAAGCACUUUGGAAAGUUGAAGCAGAUCUAG